GUCAAUGGGAUUCCCUAUCAGAAUGAAAACAAGCUAAUUUGACAGGUAUUCGGAUAAGCCGAAAAUACUCACCUUGAAUUUCUUGUACCGCUGCCAAGCAGUUUAUGGGAGAGAACAACGGUUGCUUAGGUAACGCAUGCUUAAUGCACGAUCCUGAUUGGUUUAACUCAUGGCAGAUAUUACACUGAAGCUGAUAUGGUACAAGUUGGGCGAAACUUACACAAAGAUGGCGGAGGCCGGUGCAAACAUGAGCUGGUUUAGUUGGGAAGAACAUUUCUUGGAUUGUUUGUUGGUUUUCUGGAUUUCAAGCGGAUUACUAAUCGUCGGGGUUGUCAACUCACUGACAACAUUUUUCGGCCCCUUGCAACCCCGGAUUUCGUGGAGACAAUCCAAGGAUGGCGGGACCAGCUCACCUGCAACCCCCCAGGGGCCGACAGGGCCCGAGUCCACCCAAUGGCUCAACUCAGCUCUCAACUGGCUCUACCUGCACUAUGACCAGUUUCCAGAGUUCGUCGAUGCCUGGAUCCAGGCACUUAAUGAGCAGGCUAACAAAUUAGGGGGCCCAGUACAGAUCAAGUUUGAGAAGGUUCAGUCUGGAAGCCUGCCACCCAAGUUUGGAGAGGUCACAUUUGACUCUGGACCCGAGGACAAAUAUGUGCUCAACUGCCGUGUGGACUCAAGGGAUCUUUCGUUUGCCGUGUUUGCCUCCCAGCAGACACAUGAGGGUGUGAAACUCACUAACCUAGUCAUCACUGUGCUCAAACUGCGCGGACAGCUGAAGAUCCGCUGUUUCCGCCAGGGCAAUGACAUGAUGGCGGAAGUUGGGUUCCUUGGGAGACCUGAUGUCAAAGUCCAAGGGAAACCUGUCAAUCCGUACAUGGACCCAUCCGACAUGGUGGAUGUAGGGGUUGCCCAGGAAGUGGUGCGGAACACCCUCUGCCUCGCAAGCACCACAAUUAAUCUCUCGCAGUGGAUGGGAGUAGACAAGGAGAAACAAACUAUUCCGAUCAGGCGCACAGAAUCUAACAAGGUCAGAACAGUGGAAAACGUACCGAUCUCUCCUUCAUCACCUCGGCAACAGCAGCAGAUGUCGGAGGUGUUUGAAGCCCAGGAUGUCCCGCAGCAGCAACACAGUGCUUUCCAUGUGCCCACCCUAGCCACGCCUACCAAGGUCCCCACUCCCCAAAGGGUGCAAGCCCGGGGCCCCAGGGACAAGCAACUCCUGGUUAAGGUCAUCAAGGCAAGUGGGCUGAAGCAGAACGAAGGCCCCAUUGACCCCUACUGUGUGAUGUACCUGGACUCGCCUGCCCAGACCGAGGUGUCCAAUGUGGUCAAGAACACAUUUAAUCCAUUUUGGGAUGAGCAGUUCUACUAUGAGAUUACACGUGACACCCAGGAAAUAAGGUUUGAAGUUCUGGACAAGAAGAGGCCAUCCAAUGACAACUUCCUGGGCGAAGCCAUAGUGUACAUGGAAGACUUGCAGCGUAACCCUAGCAGCCGCCAGAUCAUCCCGCUUCAAGGUCGUCUGGGUGCGGGCGAGUUUGUAUCGGGCUCCAUUACAGUAGAGUUCUUGCUUGCUGAUGCCAGUCCACACAACUCAUUAUCAUCACCUCAAAGAACCAUAGAAACUAACAAGGCCAUGACCCCUGGGGGAACCAUAGUUACCAGUACCAUGACAACCACCAAACGUCCACAUAACUAUGAAACCAAUGUUGAUGGUUCACCAAGCUACAUCCAGACGAGAACGUUUGACUACAGUUCUACCAAUCAGGAUCCUGGGCUCUCAGAGGUUGUGCAUAUAAAUGGUGUAGAGUCAGUGACCGAGACCGCAAUUCGCGCGUUGAAAGAACGCUCAAAGCUUGCGAAAAAGCCUUCUACCCGAACCUCCACACUCAUUAUAACUGGCGUUAAAAGGGAACCAGCCAUUCCAAAAAUAAAGAUGGCAGAAAGUCCUCCUUCUGAAGUGAGUAAUCGAAGUACCUUGUCUAACAUGUCGUCCCCUGAAUCACCGGAAAUCGCCUACCCGCCACAGGCCAAAGAGAGGAAAUCCUUUGCGGCAAGGAUAAAGAAACGUUUUUCCCGCUCCAAAAAGCGCUCUCUGAGUGCAGAUAGGGCGUCAAGCUCUCUACGCGAGGGCUCUAAUUACCUACAGCCUCCAGGAAUGCAGUCCAAAGACGACAUAGAUCUACAUCGAGCGAAGAAAGAGCAGGACCAAGCUCCCAAUCUGAAGAAAUCCCGGUCCCUCGGAGGCAGUCUCAAGAAGAUAUUCCGUCGGAGUCGCAAGCGGUCAGAAGGGCGCGGUGACCACUCCCGCGAGAGCUCACAGUCCCGCCUAUCACGGCACACGUCACGUGAGGGAUCGCUAACUAGGUCAUCACAGCAAGACAGGUCAUCCCAGCAGGACACUGUGAUCUUAUGAGAUUAUUGAAGAAGUAAAGAUUUUACUGGAAUUACGUAGUUAAUGAUUAUAAGGUUUCUCCCCUCUACAUCUGUUGGCUUGAUGUAGUGAAUAGGACGCUGGCUUUGUUUGUUUUUGUUUCUUAAGAGUUUGGUGAAAAAUGAAGAAUAACACGUUUCACAUUUAGGUUUAUCUGCAACAUGAGAGCUGUUGUAAACUAAAUGAUAUAUAAGUGAUUGCAAUUUUAUUACAAUACUGAAAAUUUAAUUUAAACUCGUUUUUUAUGUUAAAUUAUCAAAGGUUUCAUAAGUGCAGUGCACAUUAAAGACUCAAUAGAACAUGAAUUUAUUGAUGUUUCAAAUGCAAAAUAUAGUUUUAGUACAAAAUGGUUUGUUUGAAAAAAAAUGUGUAUGGUGUUUGGUGGCAUAUUAGCCGCAUUGUGCAAAAAGUUCUAUGGCUCCAGACCAGCCUGGGCAUUUCUGCAGUCUGGUCAAGGGCUACUCUGUUCGCUAAUGAGACCACAAAACAUAGCGUGACUUCAUAGCAGACAUGAUAGCUCCUCACCACACUGUACAAAUGUUCGUGCUUUUCUGGAGCCAUGCUGGCUGCAUGUGGCAUAUAAACCAUUUUUGCACAAGGCGGGUCAUAUAGCUCCCAACAUCACACUUCUUGGUGAUCUGAGCUCUACAUCCUGUAUGGUUGUUGUAAGCAACUAUGAUGUUAGCGUUAGAAUUUCUCGAUAUUGCAUGCUCUUUUCUAAUGCACAAAGUAUCUUAAUGCAAAAGUGUUCUGGGCUUAUUGCAGUUUCAUGUUUCGUUGUGUACAUAGGCCACACUUUCCUCACGUGAAGAGAUUAUCAGUAGAUAUAGCAGCUAUGUGAUAGUUGUUGAUAGUAAAUGUUCUGGAUGCAAGAUCAUACUUACAGAUCAUUAAAAACCCAAAACCCUGCCGUCUACUAUUCCUAGAUUUGUUCCCUUACAUGGGAACCUUUUGCAACCUUUCUCAAAACUACAUUUUCAUGCGGUUUUCUAGGAAAUAGACUUAAAAUAGGGUUCUAAACACAAAAAAGAUAAAUUGUUCUUUACAGUUUCAGUAAAAAAGAUGAACAUUCGUUAAAAAACUUUUGAAUUGAAUGACAUAAUGUUUGAAUGUAUUGACAUAAUGUUUGAAUUUAAUUACAAACCAUGCAUUUAUGUGGUUAAUGCUUGGCAUGUACACAAACUGUUCGUUUUAUUUGUUAAGUUAAUAAAUGAUAAGCUCAUCAUGAAUGUUGCUAUGUGUUGUUAGGGGAUGCUAUCUGUGUUGUUAGGCGAAGGUUGCCCUUUCUCAAAAUCCUUCUACCUCUUAGAAUCUGCUUUGUAACUUUCAUCGAUUGAAAGUUUUGAUGUACAAUCUUUUUUUGGAAGAUAUUAUGAUGUCUGCUGUUGUGUAUUUCACAUUUUCAAAUUAUCUACGUAUUACAAGGAAAUCAGACAUUUUGUUUGUCAGUAUUUUUCAAACACAAGUCUAGUAAUAAAAUUAUGGGAAAUUAUCCUUCAUAUCUUGAAAGCUAGGGUAGGUAAGUCUUUGUAAGACAAGUAGAGUUGAUGAUUAUUAAAAUUUCUGGCAACAAUUGUUAACAGGUGUGAUUUCUCUAAUAAAUGUUUUUAAAUAUUUAUAUUUACUCAAAUUUGACAGUGCAUAAUUUUAUUAGCUGUGCUGUUUUCGGAGAAAACCCGAGGUAUUGUCAUAGCCAGCUCGUCGUGUCGGUCGUCCGCCGUAGAUGUCGUGCUAAAGCCUUAACAUUGGCUCUAAAAUCAAAGUGCUUCCACCUGCAACUUUAAAACUUCAUAUGUAGAUGCAACUUGAUGAGUUCUACACGCCACACCCAUUUUUGGGUCACUAGGUCAAAGGUCAAGGUCACUAGACCUCUAAAAAAAUAUUCUUAUAAGCUUUCAUUUAUUCAAAACUGCACCUGCAGCCGAGCGUUGGCACCCGUUAUGGGGUGCUCUUGUUAAAUUUGUAAUGAUUCAAUUAUUACAAUGCCUUAACAUAAAAAAGUAUUUAUUUGUUGUUACCUUUAGAAGACAAUUAACUAUUUUCUAUUGGCACACACUGGAAAGUUUUUUUGUAUGGUUAUGAAUACGUCAGAUGUGAUCAGAAAAAUCCAUUGUGUGAUCUGUGUUUAUAGACAAUCUUGUCAUUUAUCUAUUUUGAAUCAUGGCACUCCAAGCUUUUGCAUCAUAUGUGUGGUAGGCAUUCUCAUAUUGCCAUGGUUACUAUUAGUAUGAGGAGUGUUCUUUGUUGGACAAUUAUUGAAAUGUACUUGUCUUUAAAGAACACUGUUUAUAUCUGUAAGCUUAGGUAGUGUAUGCUGGUUCAACUUUGUUUUGUUCAUUUAUUUUUUUAAUAUUAAUUUAUACUUGAGUGUUUUGUUUGCUUAGCAAAUGACUGUUUUCAUAGAAUUACAUAUUGUUGUUGUUUUGUGCAAAAAGAAAAUACUAAUGUUUUAAUUACAAUUUUGUUGUGGUCUUUAUAUUUGAGAAUGAUUGGGUGUUUUGAAUGCUGCUGCUUAUUUUGGUCCCUUUAAAAGUUGUAAGUUGUGUUUACAUCAUUACCGGUAUCUGAUAAUGUAUGCAUAGUUGAUAAAACGUGUGUUACAAUUACAACAACUUAAGAUAUUUCUUAUGUCACAUGGGUGUACCUUUUAUUGAUACCUUUUGUGUUUGUGUACAAUGCUAGGAAGUAAGCCAGACUAAAACAUGCUGAGAAGUGGGUGGGGACUAUCUGAAAGGGGCAGGGAGACCUUGUUGGAUUGUGAACUGUGUAAAGUGUAAGAGACUUAAUCGUGCAGUUUCCACUUAAUUACUUAUAUUAAAUUACCAACCCCAUGAGGUAUGUUCUUCGUGAAAAAAGAGUUGAUAUAAAUAUCAAGUAAUACUGUGUUAAAUCAAGUAAUACUGUAUGUUACUCUUUACAAUUGUCAAUAUCUACAAAAAUCUUGUUGGGUGUGUCUGUAGAACAUUGAACAUGAAAAAGGAACAAAAAAAAGAAUGGGUCACAAUUUAAAUGGGUGGGGUAUGAAAAUAAAAGGGGUGACAGUCCUGCCAAUCCGCUUUAGCUAAAUCCAUCCUAUAUUUAUUUUAUUGUUUUCCAAGAUUGAUUGUUCAGUUUAUGUCCAUAUUUGUGUACCCAAGUCAAGCUAAUCCUUCGAAAUAGUGCUGACAACCAUUUUCCAUACAGAUAACAGUGUUUUUCAGAUUGCAGUGGAAGUCCAUUCUGGUAACCUUACAAAGUGAAUUGUUCCAUUCUACUUCUGCAAAUACUGACCAAUCACUUUACAUGUGUAAGACACAGACAAUUUACAGAGCCAAAGCACAUUUGCUACAAAUUUUGCUUUCAUUAUGUCAUUCAUGUACAUAUUUUAGCAUUUUGCUAAGCAAUUUCUGUGCAAUAUCAACAUAAUAUCAUAUCCCAUAAAUCAUUGAACGAAUGUAAAUAUGCACUUGAUUGAGUUCUUUAUAAGUAUCGGCUGUUUUAAAGAACAUGUGGUCAUCUCUGUAACAAACAUUGUAGAAGGCAUGUAAGAAGGUUGUAGAAUUUGUUUGUUAAUUUCAUGUGGAAAAUCAAUGAUUUUUUUAACCCAUUUAUGCCUAGCGUCUAGAAAAAAGGCCUUGGCAAACAGGGUAGACCCAGAUGAGACACCACAUGAUGGUGUCUCAUCAGGGUCUGCGCUGUUUGCUUUAUGGAAUUCCUGUAAGAAAUAUUCUAAAUAUAGAAAUAAAUAUACUAGACAUCCCUUAUUUUGGAAAUUGAUCCAAUUUAGAAGGAUGGGAGAGUCCACUAGGCAUUAAUGAGUUAAUGUUUCAUAGUAUGAACAAUUUCUAAACACCUGAAAACAAUUGCUUUAUGAUGUAAUUUAUUGAUGUUUUUGAUGUAAUGAAGUUUUAUAGUUGUUUGAUGAUACAAAAGCACAUUUGCAGAUUGUUUAAAUUCUGUCAACAUUUUGCAUAUAAAUACAAAUGCAUUUGUCAUGAUGCGUAUGUCCAUUUUUAGAUUUAGGAAACUUUAUCAACAAAUUCUAUCCUUGAACUAGUCUGCAUUGAAAUGGCAAAUCCCAACUUCUUUUAUCAUAUCCUGGUGUGAUACUCUCAUAUUAGUAUAGAACAAAGCAGGGUUCCUUUUGGUGUAAUGGACUGUAUAUGUUGAUUUCUACAAGUCUGACUUUAUAGUAGAAUAGUUAGAUUGUUUAAACCACUAUUUUAAUUUAUAUGUUGUAUCUUUUUUGUUAUUUAUUAUCAAUGAAUGUUGUUGCUUUAUUUUUGUUUAGCUUUUAAUUUUGUCUGCUGAAUGUAUGGAUGUAUGUUAUAUUGUUGGUUUUUUAACAGCUCUCAGAAGAAAAAAAUGCAUUGAAUAACAACUUUAUUUACAUUAAAUUUGAUUAAUUUUUUAUUAAUUAAUUUUGAAUGUCCAUUAUACAAAUAAAUAAACUGGAUUUAAUAUUUAAAUUAACUUAUUAAGAAUAUUAUUUAUGUCAUGAUGUCUGUUUGUUGUGGUGUAUGUGAGAUUCUCCCGUGUUAUUAGUGUUCUCACGGCAUGUCAUGGAAUAAAGAUUGGUUUAAUCAA